AUGGCUCGUUUGGUCUUGGGUUGUGUUGCUUUCCUGCUUUUGACUAGCUUAGCUCACUCUGCCCGGUUUCUGAGCUUUCUGCCUUCGUAUCAGCCGGGACUCAUACCACCAUGGCCUCCAUUCAACGGUAGUGGAGGUGGCGGUGGAGGUGGUGGCGGUGGUGGUGGUGGGUCGGUCCCUGGUGGGUCAUUUCCAGGUGGAAAGAGCUUUGGGUUCGGGAGUCCUGGUAAAGGCAAAUUUGGGUUUGGGUUUGGGUUUGGGUUUGGUUAUGGUUACAAUGGGGGGAGUGGAUUCGGUAGUGGAUCAGGUCGUAGUGGGAAAAAUGGUGGUGGAGGUGGCGGAGGUAGCAAGCCUGGUGGCGGUGGCUCUGGCUUUGGAGGUGGCAAUGGCCAUGGUCGUUGA